AUACGCACACAGGCUGCCGAGAAAACAACACGUAUUAACUGAAAUCUGCGCUUAUUCGUUUCCAAUGCGCGUGCUUUGCUCCACUUCGAUGAUUUCGGAUUCCGGGCCCGGUUGACAUUCGGUUGAUUUUUCUGGUUUCGGUUUAUUUUUUACUGUUAGCGAGCGAACUGGACGGAGAAAACAGUAACACACAAAACAGUUCCCUCAGAUCCCCAAAAAUGAAAAGGAGGUUGAGCAAAGAGUGUGAGGACAGCACCUCAUCAUGCGAGGGGCAGACAGUGUCCUACAAGAGACCGAAACAGCCCUCCGAGGACUUUGGAGAUCUGCAGUCCAAUUGGGUUCGACUUCCCCAGGAGAUCCUGCUUCACAUCUUUCAGUACCUGCCCCUUCUUGAUCGAGCCUUCGCAUCACAGGUUUGCCAUAACUGGAACCAUGCCUUCCAUAUGCCAGAGCUGUGGAGAUGCUUUGAGUUCGAACUCAACCAGCCGGCCACCUCUUACCUGAAGGCCACGCAUCCUGACCUAAUAAAGCAAAUAAUAAAGAGGCACUCUAAUCACUUGCAGUACGUCAGCUUCAAGGUGGACAGCAGCACAGAAUCAGCAGAGACGGCAUGUGAUAUCCUUUCUCAGCUAGUAAACUGCUCGCUCAAGACCCUCGGCCUGAUCUCCACUGCACGACCAAGCUUCAUGGAGCUACCGAAGUCUCACUUCAUCUCCGCACUUACCGUGGUAUUUGUCAACUCAAAGUCUCUUUCUUCUCUGAAAAUUGACGACACGCCAGUGGACGAUCCUUCACUCAAGGUUCUGGUGGCUAAUAACAGUGAUACACUCAAGCUGUUGAAGAUGAGCAGCUGUCCACAUGUUUCUCCUGCAGGAAUUCUGUGUGUUGCUGAUCAGUGUCAUGGUCUGAGAGAACUGGCGCUGAACUACCACCUCUUGAGCGACGAGCUCCUGUUGGCACUUUCUUCAGAGAAACACGUUCACCUGGAGCAUCUGCGCAUCGACGUGGUAAGCGAAAACCCCGGCCAGCAGUUCCACACCAUCAAGAAGAGCAGCUGGGACGCCAUGGUGCGCCAUUCACCCAAGUUCAACCUGGUCAUGUAUUUCUUCCUGUAUGAGGAUGAGUUUGGGCCCUUUUUCCGGGAUGAGAUCCCAGUCACGCACCUCUACUUUGGCCGCUCUGUCAGCAAGGAGGUCCUGGGCCGCGUCGGCAUGAACUGCCCACGUCUGGUAGAGCUGGUGGUGUGCGCGAAUGGUCUGCGGCCACUGGAUGAGGAGCUCAUUCGUAUCGCAGAGCGCUGCCAGUUUCUAUCAGCCAUUGGACUGGGUGAAUGCGAGGUUUCCUGCAGCGCUUUUGUGGAGUUUGUGAAAAUGUGUGGCCGUCGGCUCUCUCAGCUGUCUAUCAUGGAGGAGGUGCUCAUUCCUGACCACAAAUACGGUCUGGAUGAGAUCCACUGGGAAGUCUCCAAACACCUAGGACGUGUUUGGUUUCCAGAUAUGAUGCCCACCUGGUGACAUUUUGCAUUUGAAAAGUCAUCAGACGCAGCACGGGACACUCCUAAUUUGGUAAUACGGACUUUUUUGUUCUCACAGUUACUUUACAGGGUUUGUACAUGGAUUUGAUUGGAGAUUGAAAUUCCUUCUAUGUUAGUAAUGAAUUUGGACUGUGAUGUCAGGAGAAUUUCACCCAAAAAUUACAAUAAUGGUAUUUACUUUCCUAUAAGCUAUUGA